AUGGCGCUGGAACCUGAGGGGGAGCGGGCCGGCGAGCUCUGCCUCGGCCCCGCCACGGUCCGAUGCGCCGCUUGCGGGGUCACGUACUACUGCGACGUGGACCACCAGCACGCCGACUGGGUCAGCAUCCAUGAGAAGAUAUGCCAGCUGCUCAUCCCGCUGCGGACGGCGCCCCCCUUCUACAACUCCGACAAGGAGAGGAAGCUCGGGCAGGAGCAGAAGCGGAGCCGAGAGAUAUUCCUGGCUGGAAUGACGUAUGAUACGGCCCAGAAUUUUUUGUUCGAAGGCAACCACGAAGAUGCCAUCCCGGCCGCCUUGCAUUCUCUGAAAUUCAGCAUCAGUAUCCACGGCCCCAAUUCGGUGGAACUGGUCCCUGCAUAUCUUGUUUUAGCCGAGACCAGCUUGGGCCUCGGGCACCUCUCGCAAGGUGAAGAAUAUCUCUCCCAAGCCCACUGGAUUGUUUUGAAGAAUGCCCACUGUAGCCGUGACGUUCAGGCCAAGCUGCAUCGGAACCUGGGGCUCCUUCAUGCCGCGAAAGGGAACUUGGAUGACUCUUUGUACCACCUGGCCAACGAUGUAUAUUUUGCGUGCUGUGCUUUUGGGACGACCAACCACGUGGCUGUCGCAGGAGGCUACUUCCACAUGGCCACUGUUUUCUUCCGCCAGAAUAGGAUGGAUGUCGCUGAUUCCUUGUAUUCUGAGGUGGUCAAUAUCUGGUAUGAUCACUUCAACCACUUGAUUGACAUCCAGUACCAAAAACUCAUAACUCCCGCAGAAAUUGACCUGCUGUCUGAAGAAGGAGGGACAGAGGAAGAUAUCCUGGAUGAAAAGCAACAGGCCGAAGCAACACAGAUGCUGAACCCCAUCUUGGAAUUCCGAGAACAGUCUCCCAAGCCACGGCUGGAGAAGAUGGCCAAAUUGUUCCACACGUUGGCCAUGUUUUAUUACUUGAUCCACGAUCUGCCAAAGGCUGACGAAUUUGUGAUGAAAGUUCUGCAAGCAACAGAGCAUCUGCCUGAACACGAACCAAACGACUCUCUUUACCACUUGGUGAAACUAAUCAAAUCCAAACCAGCCUAUGCGAAAUAGAGGGGCUGUUUUCAAGGGAAGAUGGAAGCUCAUCCUCUGUGUGUCUUUUUGCCGUACGUCUUGCCCGUUUUAACAAAACAAGUCUGUCUUACAUCUUGGUGGAAUCACUAAAGGCCAGAAAGGUCUCCCACCAAACCUUGCACCCCCUCAAAAGGAGACAAAACCCAGGUCACCACAUGCGUGUCGCAGGUGGCGGAGCGGGUAUGUCCCAGGGGGUGGUCAGAGGGCUAGCUGCUUGGUUCACCCAUCUUGUUUGGCUAUAGUUAAUUGAAGGACUCCUGGCUGUGUUCACCCAACACAGUAAAUCUUAAACCAUGGUUUCCCUGGCUGAACACCAGGGUGCCUCAGGAAGCACUCAGCUUUCAAAGCAGAAGGAGUAAUGUUCUGCUUUAUUCGGCUCGGGCCAGGCCCCUCCUGGACUCCUGUGUUCAUUCCUCGGUAUCCUACUUCGAGGGUGCUCGAAGGAAACUGGAACCGAGAAGGGCAACAAAGAGGAUCAGGGUCAGAAACUAAGCCUGUGAAGGAGGAUGGAAGGAGCUGGAAAUGUAUGGCCUUGGGAAGAGAAGAAUAGGGGAUGUGGAAGCAAUUUCUGGAGAGGGUCCCGUAGAAGAAGAUGGUUUGCUGUUGUCCCAGAGAGCAGGUCGUGAUAUAUUUGGUCUGAGAUCAGGACUCCUAAAUGAGAGCAAUCGAAGGGGUGGACGCAUCCGCGAGGCGUUUUACGCUGGGUGGCGGCUGUGUGUGGAAAGCUGGGCCAUACAAAUUCAGUAGCCAAAGACCUCGGUUUAAUGGACUGUUUGGCUGCAGGGGACGUCUGUUACUCCUAAUAGUCCAUUAAAUCUGAGCUCAUAUCGCUCACAUCAUUUUAAACUGACACAAAUGUAAAUUGCGCCCCGGGCGUUUAAACACUGGUACUUGAUGGGCCAGAUGGGCGUACACGUGAUUUCUGAUCCUGCUGAUCAUGAGAAGUGUGUUAUCUUGAGGCUCCGUGUGCUGGAUAUGUGGUGUGUCUUUCCAUCUCCAGUGGACUGAGCCCCAGCUGAGAAAUUUGGGAGGGGGUUGCAGGAAGGGAUCAUGUGCCCCCCACCCCCAAGAGCCAAGUCACAGUCUCUCACUGGGCAGCCCACCCCCCCACUAGCAAUCAUCCUGCAGCUUAAAAGGAAGUUUAGAAAACCAGCAACAUCUAGAAGACUCAGGGAAGAAUUCUUCCCCAGCAUCACCAUCAUUGGAGUCCUCCUUCCCCGAGUCUCCUAGAAGUUGCUGGCUUUCUAAACUUCCUUUUAAGCCACAGGACAGCUACUCCUUUGUGUCUGCUGAGGGCUCCCCUGCUCCGUUUGUCGUGCUCUUGAGGACUUUCUUCACCUCUCCCCAAACAUCCCGAAGGACUCUCCGGUGGCCAAGACAGCAGCCUCCCCUCAGGGCAGGGGUGUGGCCUUCAGUUCCCAGAACCCUCCCCAGGAGCCUUUGCUGGCCGGGGUAGUCUGGGAGUUGAAGGCUUUGCAUCUGCUAGGUGCCCAGACUGGGGAGGGAAAAGCAGAUUUAAAAGGACGAGCUGAGAAUUUUUGGAAAAUGUCACAGCAACGAGGGGAGUCAAGGUUGACAAGCCUUUGGCUAUUUCAGCGAUUCCCUCCCCUCCUCAACUUUUUCCUUCCUUCCUUCCUUUCCUUCCGGUGGAAAAUCCUCUGCCCAAACCAAAGCGAUAUUGCAGAACACAGUCAAUCCUAGGAUUUAUUUUAUUUAUUUGACCCAUACAAACUUCUCCUUUCUGUGUUUUCUUCCCCCUCCUCCCGUUGGCGCUUCAGAAAGGAGCUCACCCUUGACAUCACACAGUACACAGCAAACACAAAGUUAACAUUUUAAAAAAAAAUCCUAAAAACGUAAUUCUUUUAUUCAAGUGCGGUUGUGUGUAUGCCUUCAGUUUACAAACAGACAAAUAAAUAAAAUAUAUAUAUUAUUAAAUAGGUGCGUUUAAUUGUUUUGCUUCAGGAUUGGGGUUUUUUUUUGUUUUUGUUUUUUUGUUUUUUGCAAACCUGUCGAGAACUUCUACCAAACACAACGAGGAAGGGCUUUUUAACCAGGUUGGCUGAAUAGACUAAA